AUGUUACCUUGUCUUAUGCCUGUGGUGAAUGCAAUAACUGAAAUUCCAAUUUCUGGACAAAAAGAUCAAUGGGUUUGGCUACCUGCUAUUAGUGGUAAUUUCUCUUUUGCUUCGGCUUGGGAUCAAGUUAGGACUCCCUACAAUAUGUUUGAGCUUUACAAUGUGAUUUGGUUCCCUUCAGCAAAUCCUAAAAUGGCCUGUUGUUUGAUUAAAAGUCUAUACAAUAGACUGGCUACUAGAGACAGGCUUUCAAAAUUUGGGAUCUCCUCAGUGGAAGAUUGUGUUCUUUGUAUUGGUGAGAAGGAAACUAGAGACCAUCUUUUCUUUCAAUGCCCAUUUACAGCUUUUAUUUGGAAACUUUGUAAAUUAAAAUUGCAGUUGGAUAUUACUGUUAUUCAAGACCUUAGAACUGAAGCGCUGCACAUUCAACAGAAAUUCAAGGUGAAGGAUAGAACAUACAAACUGGCAAGAUUGGUUUUAAGUGCUACUUUGUGGCAUAUCUGGCAAGAAAGAAAUCGUCGAAUUUUUCACAAUCAACGGAUGCAUAAGAUUUCGGUGUUUAGGAGACUUUAUGAGGAUAUAAAUGUUCUGCUGAGAACCUGUAACUGGAAGGCUGGAAAUGAGGUUGUUCUAGCCAAUUGGAGUCUUGAAUCCAAUAAGUCGUGUAAACAGUGA